AUGUCGCUGCUGCCGCCCGCCGUUCAUGCCGAGCUGAACCAGCUCCUGCAGGCAUUGCAGUCGCCCGAUAACAAUAUCCGCUCCCAGGCGGAAGAUCACCUUGCCAACAACUGGACUGCCACUCGCCCUGAGCAGUUGUUGAUGGGCCUGGCUGAGCAGCUCGCCGCUUCGCCAGAUGCUUCGCUACGCUCCUUCGCUGCUGUCAUCUUUCGCCGGAUAUCCUCCAAGAGCCGCAAGAACGAUAAGGGCGACACGGUUGAGAUCUUCAUCUCCUUAAACCCCGAUCAGGCCAGCGCUGUGCGCCAGAAACUUCUCGAGUCCUUGGCCAAUGAGACAGACCGUACCGUGCGCAACAAGAUCAGUGACGCCGUUGCCGACAUUGCUAGGCAAUACUCAGAGAACAACGAUACAUGGCCUGAGAUCCUCGGUGUGCUCUUCAACCUCAGCGUUGCCCCCGACGCUGGCAAGCGCGAGACAGCCUACCGUGUCUUUACCACCACCCCGGGCAUCAUAGAAAAGCAGCACGAGGGUGCUGUCUUAGAGGCAUUCAGUAGAGGCUUCAAGGAUGAGGCUGUCGGUGUGCGGCUCGCUGCCAUGGAGGCCUUCGCUUCCUUCUUUCGCAACCUCACCAAGAAGGCCCAGCCAAAAUACUUCGGUCUGCUGCCAGACGUACUCAACAUUCUUCCGCCUAUCAAGGACACACAUGAUUCGGAUGACCUCAGCAAGGCACUAAUUGCAUUGAUUGACUUGGCCGAAACCUGCCCAAAGAUGUUCAAGCCACUUUUCCACAAUCUUGUUAUGUUUAGCGUCGGUGUGAUACAAGACAAGGACUUGUCGGACAUCUGUCGCCAGAAUGCUCUCGAACUCAUGGCAACUUUUGCCGACUAUGCGCCCUCCAUGUGCCGUAAAGACCCAUCUUAUACCAACGACAUGAUUACACAAUGCUUGAGCCUCAUGACGGACCUCGGCGAGGAUGAUGAUGACGCUGCCGAAUGGCUAGCAUCGGAAGACCCCGACUCGGAAGAGAGCGACUUCAACCAUGUUGCUGGAGAGCAGUGCAUGGAUCGAUUGGCAAACAAACUAGGUGGCGAGACCAUUCUGGCACCCACAUUCAACUGGCUCCCCAGGAUGAUGACCUCGAUGGCUUGGAAGGACCGACACGCUGCCCUCAUGGCCAUCUCUGCCAUCUCCGAGGGCUGCCGCGAUCUGAUGGUGAACGAGCUCAGCCAGGUCCUCAACCUUGUAGUCCCAGCCCUCAAGGACGCACACCCUCGGGUACGAUGGGCAGGCUGCCAGGCACUCGGUCAAAUGAGUACCGACUUUGCCCCAACCAUGCAAAAGGAGCACUAUGAUACUGUCCUCAAGGCCAUUAUUCCUGUCCUCACGUCGCCAGAGCCUCGCGUCAAGGCUCAUGCUGCCGCCGCAUUGGUCAAUUUCUGCGAGGAGGCUGAAAAAAAUAUCCUUGUGCCUUACUUGGACGAGUUGCUUUCCUACCUCUUCCAACUCCUCCAGAAUGAUAAACUCUUUGUGCAGGAGCAGGCUUUAUCCACUAUUGCUACAAUCGCAGAUGCUGCCGAAGCUGCCUUUUCAAAGUACUAUGACACUUUGAUGCCUCUGUUAAUGGGCGUCUUGCAGAGGGAAAACGACAAGGAGUUUCGCCUGCUCCGCGCCAAGGCCAUGGAGUGCGCCACUCUAAUUGCCCUGGCCGUUGGCAAAGAGAGGCUUGGCAACGAUGCUAUGAAUCUUGUGCAGCUGCUGGCUUCGAUUCAGGCCAGCAUCACUGAUCCCGAUGACCCGCAAAGUCAGUACCUCAUGCACUGCUGGGGUCGCAUGUGCCGAGUCAUGGGCUCCGACUUUCUGCCGUUCUUGCCCAAUGUCAUGCCACCUCUGGUCGAGCUCGCCAGUGCCAAGGCCGACAUCCAACUGCUCGACGAUGACGAACAAGUGGAGCAGAUCCAGCAAGAAGACGGCUGGGAGCUUGUGCCUCUCAAGGGCAAGAUGAUUGGCAUUAAAACGAGCACCAUGGACGACAAACAUAUGGCUAUUGAGCUGCUCGUUGUCUAUGCCCAGACACUCGAGCAAGCAUUUGCUCCCUACGUCAAGGACACCAUGGAGAGGAUCGCCCUGCCCGGUCUGGCCUUCUUCUUCCACGAUCCGGUUCGGUUCAUCUCAGCAAAAUUGGUACCCCAGUUGCUUAGCUCCUACAAGAAGGCUUUUGGCCCAACAUCCAAUGAGCUGCGUGAGCUCUGGCUAGGCACUGUUGACAAGCUUCUGGAGGUGCUGACGGCAGAGCCGGCCAUUGACGCACUCGCGGAGAUGUAUCAGUGCUUUUACGAGUCUGUAGAGGUUGUCGGCAAGGAUUGCAUGUCUCAGCAGCACAUGGAAAAGUUCAUUGACGGUGUGCUGUCUGCUAUCGAGGAUUACAAGGAUCGUGUAGCUCAGCGCGAGCAAGAUAGGGAAGGUACCACGGCAGAAGAUGCCGAAGACGAAGCCGAGGAACUGCUACUGGCCAUUGAGGACGAUCAGACCCUGCUCUCGGAUAUGAACAAGGCGUUCCACGCCAUCUUCAAGAACCACGGAGCCGCAUUCCUUCGAUCCUGGGAGAGGCUCGUAGGCACAUAUGAGAGUUUCUUGAACUCGUCAGAUCCAACGCAGCGCCAAUGGGGCCUGUGCAUCAUGGAUGACGUUCUCGAGUAUUGCGGACCCGAGAGCAUCCAUUAUGUCAACUACAUUCAAAAGCCUCUUAUCGACGGCUGCAAGGACCAGUCAGCAGCUAUCCGCCAGGCUGCAGCAUAUGGCAUUGGUGUCGCCGCUCACCGCGGUGGUGCUCCAUGGUCUCAAUUCCUCAACGGCUCCAUUCCCUACCUGUUCCAGGUUACCCAAGUCCCCGAUGCACGGGGCGAUGACGCCGUGUAUGCCACCGAGAAUGCCUGCGCGGCUAUUGCGAAGAUUCUCCACUUCAACAACGCAAGCGUACAAGACCCGCAAAAUGUUAUUGCUCAAUGGGUCAACACACUGCCCGUCACCAACGAUGAAGAGGCGGCCCCCUUUGCAUACGGAUACCUUGCAACCUUGAUUGAUCAGCAACAUCCGGCUGUGGUCAGCCAAGCAGACAAGGUUUUUGUCUACGUUGCUCAAGCUCUCGAGGCUGACAUGCUGGGCACGGGCGAAGUCGCACAAAAAGUGGUCCAAGGCACCAAGGCUUUGAUGCAAUCGUCGGGUGUCAAUGCCCAAUCUCUACUGCAGCAGUUCUCGCCCGAGGCGCAGCAGACGAUUCUUCGAUAUUUCUCAUAA